ACAACUUACGAGUCCGGCACACACGAGCUCCUUCGGCCACUCUGUCCGACAACCAGUGGCUAGGGAUAUGACCUGAGGGAUACGGCUUUUUCCAGUGCUUCGUCCGCCACUCUUUCUGCUGGUUUUUUGCUUACUCUCGAAUCCAGGGCUCAGGGUUACGAUCUCUGCCAGUCAGCCGCCAGGAAAGGUUAUGCGUUUUGCUGGUCAUCGCUUUGUAUGUUCUUCAAAUCACAAAUGUUGUAACAUCUUUAUGGUCACCUGCACUUCUCCGCACUCUUACCACUGUAAAAGCCACAUCAGCUGUUCUGCUAAUCCAUUGGAGAACCAUCAUCCGAUUCUCGAAUCAAGUGGCUUACAAAACCGGUUAAAAAAUUGGCAACAUUUGAGAAAGUGUAAAUUGACGGCAAGCACUUUCAGUCAAGCUGUUGGCUUUUGGCCCCGCCGAAGAGUUCAACUUUGGUUAGAGAAAAUCGGGGCAAUCGAACCAUUCUACGGCAACAUAGCCACUUGUUGGAGCAACAUCAAGGAAGAAGAAGCUUUUGAGAGAUAUAGGCUUAUUACUGGAAACAAUGAUGUCUCCAUGAUUGGUUUUCAGGUUCAUCAAAACAAAUUGAAUCCAGAAGAAGAAGGUUGGCUUGCAGCUUCGCCUGAUGGGGUAAUUGAUAAAUUUAUCCAUGGUUUGCCUUCCCUAGGGGUUUUGGAAAUAAAAUGUCCAUACUUCGGUGGUGAUAUGACCAAGGCUUGGCCUCUUAGUAGAAUUCCCCUUUAUUACAUUCCUCAAGCACAAGGUUUGAUGGAGGUUUUAGACCGAGAUUGGAUGGACCUAUAUAUCUGGACUACCAAAGGGAGUAGCCUGUUUAGGUUGUAUCGAGACGAAGAGUAUUGGAAAGCCAUGGAAAAAGCACUUUCUGACUUCUGGUGGGACCACGUGCAACCUGCUAAAGAAUUGUAUAGUUCUUCAGCGAUCACAAAUCCCCUUGCUGAACUAAGGUCACUUAUGCCAACACCUAGACAUGAACUGUGCAGUUACCUCGUCCGCGAAAGCAGUCGUAUUGCUCUCAAUGACUCUAAGUUAAUUCUACUUGAGGUUGAUGGUAUAUUGCAAAAAUGUGAUGCAACCUUGUGUGGCCAGUAGAAUUCAUUGACCUGUACAAUUUUGUUCCACAAGUCAAAGGUUGGCUGGAGGCAAAGUGAUGUAUCUCAAGUACUUGUGGUGAAAUGUCAUAACAAGUUCUGUCUGAACCAUUGCAAGACGGUUGAGAGACUUCACUCCUAACAUGUCAUAUGACAUACCUGCAGUCAUAUUACCUCAAAGCUCACAGAUAGAGGAGACUUUCUGAUCGACUUGAAUGGGCUCAACUAAGUAAGCCAGGCUGCAAGUUUUAUUUGGCUACCAAUGUUUGUACAUCUGUUUAGCUUCUCUCUAGAGGACAAACAUGUGAUGAUCACAAGGAAUGAAGAGGAAAUGUUGAAGAUAAUGGGCAAAGGGAGGAGGAAAGUGGCCAGCUGAGACGAGACAUGGCAGAAAGAAUGAGCAGUUUAGUUGGUUGAUGAGUGAAGAAUUACCUCAUCCUUCUGCUUCAGUUGGAUGCAAAUGAAACUGAUUUGGGACGGAGGGAGUGUGUAAAUAAAUCGAGUAUCAAAACAUUUGAAAAUUCGUAUUUUUUCAAAUACGAAUCUGAUUACGAAAUGAAAUUUAAAUGAGAUU